AUGUCCACCGAAGGAAAGGUUAUCACUUGCAAAGCUGCCGUAGCUUGGGAAGCUAAGAAGCCUCUUUGUAUUGAGACUAUCCAAGUGCACCCUCCACAAGCCCAUGAAGUCCGUAUCAAGAUCACCCACACAGCAGUCUGCCACACUGAUGCUUACACUUUGGAUGGACAUGACCCUGAAGGGCUUUUCCCAGUGGUUCUUGGACACGAAGGAGCUGGUAUCGUCGAAAGCGUAGGAGAAGGAGUCACUGAUUUCAAAGCAGGAGAUCAUGUUGUUCCACUCUAUGUACCACAGUGCAAAGAAUGCGACUAUUGCCUCAACCCCAAAACGAAUCUUUGCCAGAAAAUCAGAAUCACCCAAGGCCAAGGGAAAAUGCCUGAUGGAACAGGUCGUCUUUUUUGCAAUGGAAGAGCUCUUUUCCAUUUCAUGGGAUGUUCUACUUUCUCUGAAUAUACCGUUGUUGCUGAUAUUUCUUUGGCGAAAAUCAAUCCCAAUUGUCCACUUGAUAAAGCUUGUCUUUUGGGAUGUGGGGUGUCUACAGGUUAUGGAGCUGUUCUGAACACAUGCAAGGUUGAGAAAGGGAGCACUGUUGCUGUUUGGGGUUUGGGUGCUGUAGGAUUGGCUGUUAUUAUGGGUGCAGUAGCUGCUGGAGCGAAGCAAAUCGUUGGUAUUGAUAUCUUACCAAGCAAAUUAGAAACAUCUCGUCUUUUUGGAGCCACAGACGUAGUUAACCCCAAAGACUGUCCUGAAGGAGUAUCAUUCCAAUCGUGGCUAGUAGAAAAGUUCGAUGGAGGAUUCGAUUACACAUUUGAAUGCAUCGGAAACGUCCAAACAAUGCGCCAAGCUUUGGAAGCUGCUCACAAAGGUUGGGGUGAAUCUUGUAUCAUUGGAGUCGCUGGAGCAGGACAAGAGAUUUCUACAAGACCUUUCCAACUGGUAACAGGAAGAACUUGGAGAGGAACUGCUUUCGGAGGGUGGAAAAGCGUACAAUCCGUUCCAGGUCUUGUCGAACAAUACUUGGAAGGUAAGCUAGAACUCGACAAGUUCAUAACCCACCGUUACAAGUUGGAUGAAAUCAACACCUCUUUCGAUGUUCUUCAUUCUGGAGAAAGCCUCCGAUCCGUUUUAGAUGUAUGA